AUGAAAGAUAUUGAUACGAAAGAUAUUAUUUGGACCGAUAGUGCAACAGCAUUUGGUCCCGCAUUUCAGUUAGUUAUUGAUGUAAUAAAAAUAAAUAGCACUGCUGCUGUGGAGUCUGGUAUUGUUUCAGAAGCCGGACAGAAAGAUAAAAAUUUACAAUACAUUAUUGUAUUGAUGAGUGAUGGUGAAGCUGAGUAUCCGGAAACUGAAUUAAAUAGUUUAUCAACAAGAAAUUUACAAAUAAAAGAAUUUUGGACCGUAGCAUUAGGUCUAGGUCAAAUGUCCAUUUUAGAACAGAUUAAUGCUAAAAUGGAUGGUACAUACAAACAGUUAAAAGAUUCAUGCGAAUUGUUUCGAGUUUAUGCAGAAAUUGCACAAAGUUAA